UCCGCCCACGAGGAAGUGCCCGGGGCAGGGAGGCGCGGGGCUCAGAGCCGGCUGGGCGCGUCGACUGUCCAGAGUCCGCGGCCGGGGGCGCCCCGACGGUCCAGGAGCUGAGCACCAUGGCCUAUCACAGCUUCCUGGUGGAACCCAUCAGUUGCCACGCCUGGAACAAGGACCGCACGCAGAUCGCCAUCUGCCCCAACAACCAUGAGGUGCAUAUCUACGAGAAGAGUGGCGUCAAGUGGAGCAAGGUGCACGAGCUCAAGGAGCACAACGGGCAGGUGACAGGCAUUGACUGGGCCCCAGAGAGCAACCGAAUUGUGACCUGUGGCACAGACCGCAACGCCUACGUGUGGACGCUGAAGGGUCGCACAUGGAAACCCACGCUCGUCAUCCUACGGAUAAACCGUGCUGCCCGCUGUGUGCGCUGGGCACCCAACGAGAACAAGUUCGCCGUGGGCAGCGGCUCCCGGGUCAUCUCAAUCUGUUAUUUUGAGCAGGAGAAUGACUGGUGGGUGUGCAAGCACAUCAAAAAGCCCAUCCGCUCCACUGUCCUCAGCCUGGACUGGCACCCCAACAAUGUGCUCCUGGCUGCUGGCUCCUGUGACUUCAAGUGCAGGAUCUUCUCAGCCUAUAUCAAGGAGGUGGAGGAGCGGCCAGCUCCCACUCCGUGGGGCUCCAAGAUGCCCUUUGGGGAGCUGAUGUUUGAGUCCAGCAGCAGCUGUGGCUGGGUGCAUGGCGUCUGCUUCUCUGCCAGCGGCAGCCGUGUGGCCUGGGUCAGCCAUGACAGCACCGUGUGCCUGGCCGAUGCUGACAAGAAGAUGGCUGUCGCCACCCUGGCCUCUGAAACACUGCCGCUGCUGGCCCUCACCUUCAUCACCGAGAACAGUCUGGUGGCAGCAGGUCAUGACUGCUUCCCAGUGCUGUUUACCUAUGAUGGUGCUGCGGGCACGCUGAGCUCAGGUGGGCGUCUGGACGUGCCCAAGCAGAGCUCUCAGCGCGGCAUGACUGCCCGCGAGCGCUUCCAGAACCUCGACAAGAAGGCCAGCUCCGAGGGCGCCACGGCCUCUGGUGUGGGCCUGGACUCGCUGCACAAGAACAGCGUCAGUCAGAUCUCCGUGCUCAGUGGGGGCAAGGCCAAAUGUUCCCAGUUCUGCACUACAGGCAUGGAUGGUGGCAUGAGCAUUUGGGAUGUGAAGAGCCUGGAGUCAGCCUUGAAGGACCUGAAGAUCAAGUGAGCUUUGAGGAAUGCUGCCUUCAUCCCAGCUGCUAGGGAAGGAAGGGGACAAGGGGCUGGGGAGGCUAAAGGUUGCUUUGCUGAAUGCUUCUAGGGCACCAGUACAGGUGCCCAUAGGCGCUACACUCCAAGAGUAGGGGAUGACAGCUUCCCUGCCCAUUCAAGGAACAUGUGGCUUUUUCUUAAUGAAAUGCUUUUUCUUAUUGUUAAAAAAAAAAAAUGCUCCCAAAGCACAAUGCUGGUCAUGAAAUGCUUCAGAACUAGAGGUAAUAAAAAUGCAACUAUGGACAGGCAUGCCUGUCUGGAA